AUGCGCUACGAAGACUGGGAUGUCCUCCUGUUCAACGGACAACACACGGAGAGUGGCCAUAUUCCGCUGAAGGAGUUCAAGACGCAGUGCUAUGCGCUUGAGGAUGCGUCGCUUGCGACUAGCGAUCUCACGGGCGCCCACUGCAUCGCUCCUCUGAUUACGUGCUUCACUCCAAGCAUCGAUGAGGGUUUGCCGUUCCAGGUCUCCGUCCACUCCUGGACUCCAAAGCCCUUCUUCUACUCCAGCCUCGAAGGAACUCAAGCUGGUGCGCCAACUCAGUUGUGGCAGGUCAAGAUCAUGGUCGAUGGCUUCGAUGCGUGCAUCGAGCACUACCCGGAGAACGUCCACUGGCCCAAGGUCAUUCCUGCGGCCAACUUGUUUCCAACCGACACCGAAGGAAACAUGCAGCCACUGCGCUUUCCGAAAUUCUACAAGUCGGUCAUGUCUCAGCACCACUGGGAUGCCAACGACUUCAAGGGUCGCAUCAAGGUCGAGAUCUCUGAGGGCUAUGUCAAGCUUGAGCAGGGCAAGCAGGUGUUCGUCAAGCUGAUGAACCACGCCACGUUCAACUUUCAACCAGCCCCACUGGACGUCCUCCAGCGCGCUGCCAUCGCUUGGCCAAACACGGCGAUCUUCAAGAACCCCAUCAAGUCUGACGGUGGUCUUGUAUUUGGUCAGGGGCCAGCCUUUGCCAGCCGCGCUACGCACCAGCGCAACAUGAGCGCUAGCAGCAUGAACAGCAUGCAGUCCUCCCCAUCCUACUUUGGCGGCCCACUUCCUCCCUCCUCCUUCAACUACGCACCAGGCCUUGUUCCACCCAACACCUACGCCAACAGCAGUCGAUCUUCUUCCGCAUACUCGACCAUCCCUGUUUCUUCGCUGCCAUUGCCUGUCGCUGUUGCUGCCGCCGCUGCCAGAUCCCCGGCCUGCCCCAGCAACUCCACCCUUCAAGAUCACGUCCAGCUGCGCAUCCCAAGCGACCAGCUCGAGAAGAUACUGAGCGCGAUCGGUACCCCAAAGGCUGUCGACCACAGCAUGCCUCCUCCCCCAUUGCCUCAGCAUGUCAUCGCGGCAGCCCAAGCUACUGGCAACGAAGCGGCCGGCGCCGUCGAUCGACGUCUGGCGAAUGGCUCUGAUAUCAGCAUGCAUCCUGACUGCGAGUCGUACCCAGUCUGCACUUCCGAAGACACCGAAGGCCGCGUCGUCCACAACCCACCAGCUCAAGGAGUGCGAAGCCGGAAGGAGGGAACGAUUGACAACCACAACCGCGACUUCUUCUCCAACGUCCUCAAUCCGGCAUCGGCAGACCCCCUUGCCUCUGUCACGCAUCCAUCGUCUUCAUCUCCAGUCAAGAACGACUCUGUCACGUCGUCAAGCCCGGCCCACAGCUCGGGCAGGAAGCGGACCCGUUCUGAGACGAAGACUACCAGUGUCAAUGAGGGCUCACCCGAGAAGGUCGACAAGGACACGUCGAAGCCAGCGCGUAAGGUAAGCAGAGCAUCGGCGCAAGCUGAAAAGGAGAACGUGCAACCUGAUGAGGAGUCAAUGGUGCUGGACCCUUGA